UUUGUGCACUGCCUGGCUGGGAGAAACAUCGGGAAUUAGCCACAGCUGGCUAACGUUGGCUAGAUAUACAUCGUUGUCUAGGCUACUACUUCAGCAGUAGCUUGGAAAUCGUUUUAUUGUUAUUUAACGUUAAUAGUUAAAAACAUAUUCGAUCAUCCUGCCAGAUGUUUCGAAUACGCAUAUUCAGCCAGUUUCGGUCGGGUAGCUUGCUAGACGAUUAGCCAGUCAACGUUAACGAUGCAUCGCUGGUCCAGGUGUUUUUAAGUUAGAAUUCUAGCUGGUCAGCUACAAUAUAGCCUUUUGGGGUGUUUGCUAGGUACUUAAUCGAUAAUUAGUUAACUGGCAAACUAGGUUAAGUUAUAUCCACAUAAUCAUACAUUGUUUUGCUUAAAAUUAUAAGAGAAUCAACGUCACUGCAUCAUCAUGACUGGAUGAUUUUGACUUGUGUGUCAUUCUCAGCUAUCGGGGACACCCCAGUAUCAACCCUUUGAAGUGGUUUCGAGGCAGGGUCAGAAUCAACAUCCUUAUGCUGCUGACCAUAUUCAAGCUCUGAUGUCCCCCGUCCCCUAAAAUCUGCAAACAUGAUGCCGAUGAUUUUGACCGUGUACCUGAACGAUGGCGAGCAGGCGGUGUCCGAGGUGCCCAUCACCCCGGAGACGUCCUGCCGCGACGUGGUGGAGUUCUGCAAGGAGCCUGGCGAGAGUGGCUGCCACUUGGCCGAAGUGUGGCGUGGCAACGAGAGAGCCAUCCCCUUUGAUCACAUGAUGUACGACCACCUGCAGAAAUGGGGCACCAGGAGACAGGAGGUGAAGUUCUUCCUGCGCCACGAAGACUCGCCGACCGAGAACAGCGACCAAGGUAGCCAACAAUCUCAGGACCACAGUAGCAGAUGGAGUGGCUCCAGCUCAGAAAAGCACAACGAGAACGGGGUGGGGAACCCCAGAGUGGAGCUCACUCUCUCAGAGCUACAGGAGAUGGCCACUCGGCAACAGCAGCAGAUCGAGGCCCAGCAACAGAUGCUCGUCGCUAAGGAGCAGCGUCUGCGCUACCUGAAGCAGCAGGAGCGGCGGCAGCAGCAGACCGUGUCCGAGGCGGAGAAGCUGCAGAGGCUCAAGGACCGCGUGGAGAGCCAGGAGGCCAAGCUCAAGAAGAUCCGCGCCAUGAGGGGCCAGGUGGACUACAGCAAGGUCAUCAACGGCAACCUGUCGGUGGAGAUCGAGCACAUCAGCGGUCUGUUUCAGGAGAAGCAGGCGGAGCUGCAGACGGCCGUGCUGCGGGUUGAGCAGCUGAGCCAGCAGCUGGACGAACUCCGCCGCGGCAAACUCAACGGCCUGCAGGGCCUCAGCGGUCAGCUCACCGGCACUGCCGCGCUCGAGCUGCGCAAGCUCUACCAGGAGCUGCAGAUCCGUAAUAAGCUGAACCAGGAGCAGAACAGUAAGCUGCAGCAGCAGAAGGAGCUGCUGAACAAGCGCAACAUGGAGGUGACGCUGAUGGACAAGCGCAUCACUGAGCUGCGCCAACGCCUCUACAAGAAAAAAGCCGAGGCACGUCAAAAAGAGAACGUGCCACUGAACCGGACCAACGGACCCCCCUCACCCCAGCCGGCGCCGGGCGGUCCGGGCCGUGUGGCUGCAGUGGGUCCCUACAUCCAGGUCCCGGUGCCCGUGCGACAGGAAGCAGGCUACACGGUGCCUCCUGACCCGCUCAAACCUCAGUCCCUGGGCGUCAACUCACCCGCUAACCACGCCCGGUCCAAAUCAGACGGAGUGAGAAAGCCGCCCGGCCCCUGGAAGGUCUCUGAUUUAGACAUCAUAGUGGACCCGGUCCAGCCGACCCUGCCAGAGCCCCGGCCGGGGGGCCCAGCGGGCCCCGGGGCUCCUACCUCCUCCUCCUUCUCCUCUUCCUCCUCUUCCUCUUCCUCCUCCUGCAUGGCGGGGCCAGAUGGAGCCUCUCCUAACGAGGCGGGGUGGCCCACCAUCGGAAAAGGGAACGCCUCUCUCAAGCCCCCCGACUGGAAGGAGUCUGGAGGAGAUGGACCAGGCAAGACCCCCUCCCCCACCAGCACUCCUGCUGACAAGGCUCAGGACGGCAGCAAGCCAGCUCCCCCCAUCUCCAAGCCCCAGCCGCCUCCAUACGGCGCCCACCACCACAGCAGCGCCGGCAGUGGCAGCAGCGUCACCAGCGCCACCAGUGCCCUGUCUUCCUCCUCCAACUCAGGCUCCACCAGCUCCCUCGAGCUCCGCAAGGACGUCCCUCCACCUCCUCUGCCGGGCUCCGGCGGUCCGGCGCUGCCUCCGCUCCCUCCCCCGGCCUGGCCGCGCACGGGCCCCGCGUCCCAGGGCUCGUCCUCGCAGCAGAUCCAGCAGCGCAUCUCGGUGCCGCCCAGUCCCACCUACCAACCCGGCUCGCCGCUCUUCCCACCAGGGGACCGGUCCGAUCCACCGCUGGCCGUGGCCGUGCGGCCUUUCAUCCCGGACAAGGGGUCCAGGCCGCAGUCGCCGCGUAAGGGCCCGGCCACCAUGAACUCCAGCUCCAUCUACCACAUGUAUCUGCAGCAGGCCGCCCCCAAGAACUACCCCUUCAACAACAAGCCCGCCGUCAGAGCAGUGUAUGGGAAGCCUGUCCUGCACUCCAGCUCCACCCCCACCUCCCCUCUCCCCUUCAGCCCGGCCUCGGGACACUUCCCCGGCUUCCUGGGCGGUCCCGGCGAGGACCUGCCGGACGGCGGCGGCUUCGGCGACAUGGUCGGCGAGCUCCCUCCCCUGCUGGGCGGCGGCGGCGGCAUGGAUCUCCCCCCCCCGGGGCCCCCCCCGCCCACCAUGGUGGACCACAUCCCGCGGCCGCUGAGCCCCACCAAGCUGACGCCCAUGGUGCACUCGCCGAUGCGCUACCAGAGCGACGUGGAGCUGGAGGCGCUGCGCAAGAGGCUGGCCAACGCACCGCGGCCGCUCAAGAAGCGCAGCUCCAUCACGGAGCCCGAGGGGCCCAGCGGGCCCAACAUCCAGAAGCUGCUCUACCAGCGCUUCAACACGCUCGCCGGCGGCAUGGAGGGGGGCGUCGGAGUCGGGCCGGCCCCCUCCGGGGUCACGCCGUUCUACCAGCCCGGCUCGGCAGUGGCCGCUGCUGCCGCCGCCGCCGCCUGCGCCGUGGGUCAGGGCGAUGCCGACAAUGGGAACCCUCCAUCGGAAGUGCCCUCUGGCGUCUCGGAACGGAUGGCGGGCGAGACGUCGUCAUCGACGACGACGACGACAGCGACGCUGCCACAGGGAGACACAAAUGACAACCAGCCCGCGGUGGGGGUGGGGUCACCGCCGGCCAGCGAGGUCCAGGCGCCACCGGUGCCCGCGGCAUCAGAAGAGGACAACGCGAACAACAACACGCAAGCGGCCACAUCCGCCACCACCAUCCUGCCCAGUCCCGUGAUGGAGGCCACCUCACCACAAGAAGCUGGCUCCUCUCCCUUUGCACCCACGGAGAAGCGCAGUAACCUGAAGAAGCCCAACUCUGAGCGGGCAGGCAGUGGCCAGCGGGUCAAGUUUCACCCCCUGGCCCUGCUGCUGGACGCCUCGCUGGAGGGAGAGUUUGACCUGGUGCAGAGAAUCAUCUAUGAGGUGGAGAACCCCAGUAAACCUAAUGAUGAGGGAAUCACGCCUCUACACAAUUCCGUGUGUGCUGGACACCACCAUAUUGUCAAAUUCCUGCUGGACUUCGGUGUUAAUGUCAAUGCAGCAGACAGUGAUGGCUGGACCCCGCUGCAUUGCGCUGCCUCAUGUAACAGCGUCCACCUGUGCAAGCUGCUGGUAGAGUCGGGGGCAGCCAUCUUCGCCACCACCAUCAGCGAUGUCGAGACGGCCGCAGACAAGUGCGAGGAGAUGGAGGAGGGCUACAUCCAGUGCUCACAGUUCCUCUAUGGCGUGCAGGAGAAGCUGGGUGUGAUGAACAAGGGCACUGUGUACGCGCUCUGGGACUACGAGGCUCAGAGCAGCGACGAGCUCUCCUUCCACGAGGGCGACGCCAUCACCAUCCUGCGGCGCAAGGACGACAACGAGACCGAGUGGUGGUGGGGACGUCUCAACGACAAGGAGGGCUACGUGCCCCGCAACCUGCUCGGGUUGUAUCCCAGAAUAAAGCCGCGCCAGCGCUCCCUGGCGUAGUGCCGCUCUCCUCGCCCACCCCUCUCUCUCUCUCUCUCUCUGACCCUUUGCGCCUCUUCCCGGGCGAUGAACUGGAACUCUGGGUAGUGGGUAUGGAUGGCCCUGGACGGACGAGACAAGAUGCUGGCCCUACAGCCCCCUUGCCCUGCCCCUGCCCCUGCCCUGCCUCAGCCUCACACAGGGGCUUCAAGCUGCUACCGCCCCGGGCCACCCGGCGGGGAAGACGAUCAACAGCGCAACACACACAAAUACAUGCAUAUAGACAAACACAUACAUACAUACAUACAUACAUGCAUACAUGCAUACAUACAUACAUACAUACAUACAUACAUACAUACAUACAUACAUACAUACAUACAUACAUACAUACAUACAUACAUACAUACAUACAUACAUACAUACAUACAUACAUACAUACAUACAUACUACACAGACACUACAGGCAAAUCAAACAAGCUGAGAACAAGUUCACCUCUCGUGUCCCCCCCCUCUCCCCCGACACAUCUUCAUCCAGGCUCUGCAAGUCCUGUCGACUCACCCAGUCACAGACCUGAUAUUACACCUUUAAGUUGUGCGUCGGACAAGACAAAGACAUGAAACGAAACUGCACGCCUCUCAGAGCCACCCGAAGUGUGACAAAACUGAAGCUUUUCCAUUCCCUCUCUCUGUCUCUCAGGCACACACACACACACACACACACACUAACAAGGCACUUUGAUUCCAGUGCAGAGCGUGUAUGUGUUUGCUUUCAGUGCUGUGUGUGAUUCUUUCUUAUUACCAUUUUACGUGUUUUUUUUUUUUUAGGAGAGUUAGUCUGCGCAUUGACAUUGACUACACAUUUUUUUAUUCAGUCACCAGAAUAAGUUAAUGAGACCAAGCCAGAUGAAUUUUGAGUGCUGUGUUUUCAGAGGAGUGCAUCUCGAAGGAGAGACCAACAAAAAGAAUGACUGAAGAUGUGUGGUAGCUAGAUUCCAGUGCGUGUUGAAAUUGCAUUAAAUCAAUUCUGUAUUUGGAGAAAGGGACAAAGAAAAAGACUGCAACAGUUUAUUGGAAGUGGUCACUUUGACAAGUUGAUAGAUGAAUGAGUGUUUUUAGUUGCUUGGGUGUGUGUGUGUGGCCAUACCACAUGAAAGACAUAUACUUGUGAAACACUGGCAGAAAGACUGGUAUUGUGUAAGAAAUUUGGGAGUGAGUGAUUUUGUCAACACCUACAGUAUUUUGACAGAAAGAAGGGCGUCUAGGUUCUAUAUUUAGCACCCCUAAAGUAGUUAAGCUUUAACGGAUGACACCACAUAUGUGUGUGUGAAAGAAAGAGUGUGUGUAUGUGAGUACUCGUGUGUAUGGUCAAACUAAUAGAGCACUUGGAUCAAAUGGCACUGUAAGCUUUUCUAUACAAGCUGACGUGAAGGUUCACCCUUCAUGCUGUAUUUACCUGCUUUAUUUACAUUUUUUUUAUGUUGCAUUACAUCACAUUAUACAACCCCACACACUCCUGCUCCACAUGCGAGUCUUGUGAGAUGAGAUUUGUACCCUGCCUGUCCGGCAGCAAAGAGCUUUACUGUGGGGUUCUGUAGAUACUGUGAUAAAAAAGUUUUGAGAGGCGACUUUGUUUUUUGGAUUUUCUUUUCUUCUUCUGCUGUCUGACUUUACUGCCCCGUGCGGUUUCUGUUUGGUAUAAGAAUACAGUACCUCACACAACCCGUUAUAUACAUGUGCACAAUUAAAACAAAAAAGAUUCCGGCAUGA